AUGGCGCCCGGCGGUGCGCGCCUGCGAGAGCUCAUACGAAGCGUCAGGGAGUGUAAGACCAAGGCGGAGGAGCGAAAGCUGAUCGCGCGCGAGGGGUCGGCGAUCCGGGAGUCGUUCAGAGAUCCGAGCCAAGGACGGUACGUCCCGAGAUGCGUGGCCAAGCUCAUGUUCAUGCACAUGCUGGGGUAUCCCACGCACUUUGGACAGAUGGAGUGCGUGCGGUUGACGGCGAGGCGGGAGUUCCCGGAGAAACGGAUCGGAUACCUCGGGUUGACGCUGCUGUUGGAUGAGAAUCAAGAGGUGACGAUGCUGGUGACGAAUAGCGUGAAGAACGACCUGACGCAUAAGAAUCAUUACGUCAUCGGAUUGGGAUUGUGCAUGCUGGGAGGGAUUUGUAGCGCGGAGAUGGCGCGGGACGUCGCGGGGGAGGUGGAGCAGUUGUUGGGACACGCGAACUCGUACGUGCGGAAAAAGGCGGCGUUGACGGCGACGCGGGUGAUUAAAAAGGUUCCAGAGCUCACGGAGGGGUUCGUGGAGGCGACGAAACGGUUGCUGGGGGAUAGACAUCACGGAGUUUUGCUCGCUGCGUGCACGCUGGCGACGGAGAUGGGGGAGCAAGACGUCGACGCGCGCGUCGCGUUGCGAGCGCAGGUGCCUCAACUGUGCAAGGUUCUCAAAUCGCUGAUUUACGCGGGGAAGAGUGCGGAGCACGACAUCGCGGGACACGCGGACCCGUUGUUACAGUGCGCGAUUCUUCGUGUGUUGCGCGUCCUGGGGCGCGGCGACGCCGACGCGAGCGACGCGAUGAGCGACAUUUUGGCGCAAAUAGCGUCCAACACGGAUGACUCCAACAACGCUGGUCGCGCCAUCUUAUACGAGGCGGUGGAGACCAUCAUCGCCAUCGAAGCGGUCGGAGGUCUGCGUGUGUUGGCGGUGAACAUUCUUGGGCGCUUUUUGCAGAACAAGGAUAAUAAUGUGCGAUACGUCGCAUUGAACGCGCUGUCCAAAGUCGUCGUCGUGGACACGCAGGCGAUCCAGCGGCAUCGAGCCAUCAUCGUCGAAUGCGUCAAAGACGCCGACAUUACGAUUCGACGCAGCGCUUUGAAGCUCGUGUAUAGUUUGGUGAACGCCAACAACGUCACCACGCUCACUCGCGAACUGGUGGAGUAUUUGGAGGCGUGCGACGAAGAGUUCAAGUGCGAACUCGCGAAGAAGAUUUCCGCUCUCGCCCUCAAGUUCUCACCAAGCAAGCAGUGGUACAUCGACACUUUCGUGUCUUUGCUCACUCAAGCGGGGCAGUACAUUGACGAGUAUGAGUGCAACGAUUUCAUGGGUCUCGUCGCUCGUACUCCUCAGCUUCAUGGCUAUGCCGGCAGGUCGCUAUAUCGCGCGGCAUGCGAAGAGGGCGCCAACCAGUCGCUGUGCGCCGUGGCGACCUGGGUGUGCGGCGAGUACUCGGACGCGAUGGUUCACGCGGCUCCUGUUGAAGGCGAGGUGCUGACAAAGGUGAAGCAUGACGACGUCGCUAAGCUCAUGAUUGCGUUGUUGAACGAGGCAAAGUACGCGAAAUUGAAACCGCUCAUCAUGACGGCUUUGGCGAAGAUUGCUGGGCGAGAGCCGAAUGAAGAAGCGACGAUCGUGCCCAUACUAGAUGCGUACUCAAGACAGAUGGAUCUCGAGACGCAGCAACGCGCGAACGAGUACAAAAAGAUCCUCACCGAGCUUCCGAAUCUGCGGGACGUGAUCUUUGAGCACAUACCUCCACCAGAGGCACCGAAGUUCGUCGCCGCGGACACUAUGGAGACGCUGGCUAAGAAGAAGGCCGUCAGCGCGGUCGCAGCUGCUCAAAGUUUUCGCGAUUUGUUAAGUUUUGACGACGACGUGGCGUCCUCUAAUGCUCAGAGUAAAGGCGCGGAUUUACUCAACGAUCUCCUCGGCACAAACAUCGACGCCCCGGCGUCCGCCUCGGCGACGCCGGCCACGCAAGCUCAAGCCGUUGAUCUCCUUGGUGACAUGCUUAGUGGUAAGACGCCGUCUCCGUCACCGGCUCCACCGAAGACGGCUUCUUCCGCUGACGCUUUGACGGAUCUGUUUGGUGGGGCCACCAUUGAACCAAUCGCUUCGCCGACUCCGAUGAAACAGAAUGCGCCCACCACGGAUGUCUUGGGCGAGUUGACGUCUUCUGGUCCGAGUGCAUCGAUCCCGUUCGUGGAUCCGUUCCAGAACAUGAGCGGCGCGCCGCCAGCAGCAAUCGAAGGCUUGAUUGAUCUAAUGAGCGACGCGACGCCACCGUCGAGCGCAGUCCCUCCGCCGGCGAUGAACGCGCACCCGACGUCUCCGAGUCCGGCGGCUGACAUUCCUGCGUAUACCAAGGGACCGCUUUCGAUAUUUUUAGUGAGCUCAAAGGCGAACCCACUGGAUCCAAACGAGACGGAGGUCAAUGCCCGCUACGUGAACGCCGGACCGAGCGACAUUGAGAACUUUUCGCUCCAGGCAGCUGUUCCAAAAACGAUGACGCUGACUAUGCACCCCGCGAGCGGUACUACGAUCUCAUCGAGUGUUCCAGUGUCCCAGCGAAUGAUCGUUUCCACUAAAGCGGAGCACGCCGCGAAACCCAUCGCGAUGCGUUUGAAGCUCUCCUGGCGACAAGACGGUUUCGAUAUGAGCGAGUUGGCCACAAUUUCUAGCAUCUAG